AUGCGGCAGCAUGCCACAACAUCACGAGCUAACGAAACACCGCCAGAACGAGAACUACGCAUAGAAAAUAUGCGGCAUCAUGCCACUACAUCACGAGCUAACGAAACGCCAUCAGAAAGGGAAGGGCGCCUUCAAGGUCUGCGUCACCAUGCCACAACAUUGAGAGCAAAUGAAACAUCAGAACAACGAGAAGCACGCAUGGAAGCCCAGCGUAUUCAAACAUCAUCAAGAAGAGCAGCAGAGAGGUCAGAGCAACAAGAACAAAAUCGCAAUCGAAUGGCGGUUAAUCGUCGGAAUACUUCUGAUGCUUACGCACGUAUUGCAUUUAAUUACAGAACAGAUAUGGACUAUGCUAAUGAUAUAUUAGUGGCAAUUGGUCCCAUGAAUGUAGUUUGCCAAUAUUAUAUGCUUCCACCACCAGAACCUUUAAAGUCACUGAUUUCAGGAACUAGCGAGGAUUCUCGAAAUUUUCUUAGUAACAUAAGAAAAUAUAAUUCGUGUUUUCAAAUGACAUCAUUCGGAGCUACUAAAGUAGUUCGAGAUAAUUACAUGCCAACAUUUCGUGUGCAAGGACAAAUAUAUCAUCUAAUGGGAUCAAUUUUGCCAAUUCCAAAUGAAGAGCCCAAGUUUCUUCAAAUUUAUUUCAUGGGACAGGCAGAUGAUAAUGUUCAGGUACAACAACGGCAGCAUUAUAACCCUGGAACAAAGCAACGUAUUGUAGCUGAAUUACAGGUAAUGUUUCAUGAAAACAACGAAUUAAUAAGGACCUUUAAGCAAGCCAAAGAUGACCCGCGAUUAUGUACAGAUGACCACGUCAUAGCGAUUCAUGAUAAAACACCAGCUGGACAACACCAAGGACGUUACAAUGCACCCACAAUGGACGAUGUGGCAAUUCUAAUGGUUGGUGAUCCAAUAGCCCCACGUGAUAUUAUUAUUCGUAGACGUGACAUGUAA